UUUACCCUUGGAAUUACUCUAACAAUCCUUUUAUUCUCGUUAAUUUCACCUAUUGAUGCACUUUCACCACCUCCAUCUUCUGACUUCUGUAAAAACCUAACAGGAGUUCCUGAAUUAAAUGGUACUCAAAUUCCCUCUGGCUUUUGCUCAAGUCAAAUAAUGGGACAGAUCCCAUCGGAUGAUCAUAUACCUAGCACUUUAAUCCUUGCGCCUUCAAACGAAGCAGGCAUUUCAGUUAACCAAACUUUCAAUGUCACAGUUAAAAUUACUAAUCUUGAAACAGGACAUUUUAGCGAUCCGAAGACAGAAUACUAUCUUGAGCCACAAACACUUAAUGAAGAUGGGGUUGUUUUAGGGCAUUCUCAUAUCGUCAUCCAGCUUUUGACUUCAGAAACUGAUGUUCCGAAUUCUAAAACCUUUGUCUUUUUUGAAGGUUUAAAUGAUGCUUUUACCGAUGGCGUGUUCACUCAGGAAGUUUCCGGCGGAUUACCUGCCGGUAGAUAUAGAAUUUGUACCUUGUCUUCAACAUUCACCCAUCAGCCAGUCAUUAUGCCAGUUGCUAAACGCGGUGCUCAAGAUGAUUGUAUUCGUAUUACUGUGAGCUAA